GGGAUGACAGUCUCACCCUAGCAACACAAAGCAAACACAUAAACGAUGAGAACUCUACAUUUAGCUAACAAAUCGAGUCGUUCUGUUGAAAUUACUGUGAAAGAACAUUUUAUAUGAGUUUUCUAUUAUUUCCGAAAUGGAAAAAUUGCAAGCAGAAGAUGCACGGUAUUUGAAAAGGAAAGUGAAAGGGGGGAGUUUGGAUGUCCACCCGACAGAGAAAGCCCUCAUCGUUCAGUAUGAGUUGGAGGCAACUAUCCUCGGUGAGAUGGGAGACCCGAUGGUUGGGGAACGCAAGGAGUGUCAGAAAAUCAUCCACCUAAAAAGCUUGAGCGCCAACACGGACAUUGACACCCUAGCUCGGAAGGUGGUGGAAGAAUGCAGGCUCAUUCAUCCAUCUAAACUACCCGAGGUGGAGCAAUUGCUCUUCUACCUGCUGAACCGCAAGAAGUCAGACAAACGAGAGAAACACCCGCCGAGAGACCUCGCACCAUUUGAGGGGAUGGAGCUGGAUGAGGAGGCCAAUAUCAACAGGAUAGAUCACUAUGUGGAGCUGCUGUAUGAGGACAUCCCAGAGAAGGUCAGGGGUGCCACCCUCAUCCUCCAUCUCGCCCGCAACCCAGACAACCUGGAGGAGCUCCUGCAGAAUGAGACGGCCCUGGGAGCCCUGGCCAGAGUUCUGCGGGAAGACUGGAAACAGAGCGUUGACCUGGCAACCACCAUCAUCUACGUCUUCUUUUGCUUCUCCAGUUUCUCCCAGUUCCAUGGGCAGGUGACUCACUAUAAGAUCGGAGCCCUCUGUAUGAACAUAAUUGAACAUGAGCUGAAGAGGUACGACCUCUGGCAGGAUGAACUGCAGAAGAAAGCGGCAGCCUGUGACAAUGACCAUAAGAACCAGAAUGUGAAGAAGGAGCAUGAGAAAGCCUUCAAGAAGUACCAAGGUCUACUGAUCAAGCAGGAGCAGCUUCUACAAGUGGCUCUGCACCUGUUGUUGAACCUUGCUGAGGACACGCGCACGGAGCUGAAGAUGAGGAACAAGAACAUCGUCCACACCUUGGUGAAGACCCUGGACCGGGAAGACGAGGAGCUGCUGGUGCUGGUGGUCUCCUUCCUCAAGAAGCUCAGUAUCUUCCUGGAGAAUAAGAAUGACAUGGCAGAGACAUAUGCUGUGGAGAAACUGGCCAGGCUGCUGCCCUGUAAGCAUGAAGACCUACUGAACACUACGCUGCGCCUGCUCCUCAACCUCUCCUUUGACACAGGCCUCCGCAGCCAGACGGUCCAGGCUGGACUCAUCCCCAAACUCUCCGCACUGCUAGCUGACGAGAGCCAGAGACAGCUGUGUAUGUGCAUUCUGUACCACAUCAGUGUGGACGACAGAUUCAAGUCCAUGUUUGCCUACACGGACUGCAUACCACAGUUGAUGAAGAUGCUGUUUGAUUGUGGUGAGAGCCCCAUGGACCCUGAGCUCAUCUCCUUCUGCAUCAACCUGGCUGCCAACAAGAGGAAUGCACAGAUCAUCUGUGAAGGUAAUGGUCUGAAGAUGCUGAUGAAGAGGGGUCUGAAGCUAAAGGAUGUUCUGACCAUGAAGAUGAUCAGGAACGUGUCUCAACACGACGGACCCACCAAGAACCUCUUCAUAGACUACGUAGGUGACUUGGCUGCUCAGACGGGAGUGCAGGAGAGGGAAGAGUAUGUGAUUGAGUGUCUGGGGACCUUGGCUAACCUCACCAUCCCUGACCUGGACUGGGAACUGGUGCUGAAGGAGUACAACCUGGUGCCCUUCCUCAAAGACCACCUCAAACCAGGCUCGGCAGAGGAUGACCUGAUCCUAGAGGUGGUAAUCAUGAUAGGGACGGUGUCCAUGGACGACUCCUGUGCUGCCAUGAUGGCCAAGUCUGGCAUCAUCUCUGCCCUCAUCGAGCUGCUCAACUCCCAACAGGAGGACGAUGAGUUUGUGUGUCAGAUCGUCUAUGUGUUCUACCAGAUGGUGUUCCACCAAGCCACCAGGGAUGUCAUCAUUAAGGACACACGUAUCCUCCCUCUUACAACCGAGUAUGAUGAAGAGUGGGGGAGGAAGAUCCAGAGUGAGAAGUUCCGCUGGCACAAUUCCCAGUGGUUAGAGAUGGUGGACAACAGAGCCAUGGGAGACGACGGAGAACCAUUCAUGUACGGAGACGACGGGGAACCUUUCAUGCACAACGGAGACAUUCUGGAGAGACCCGACCUCUUCUACAGUGCAGAUGGGAUCAUCCCAGCAGACAGUACCAUCAGCCCAGAGUUCUUCAUAGGCUACCAGAAUGGAGACAUGGGCCAGGCUGGAGGCUUCCCAGGCAGUAUGAAUAUCGAUACGUUUAGACAGUCGACGGUGACCUCUGGACAGCGCCCCUUCACAGCUUCCGGCUUCCGGACAGAAGAACAGUUCUUCUACAGCUAGGCUGGAAUCGGCCUCCAGAUCAACCAGGUCAAAUUGGGUUCAAUACACGGCACAGACUGACAACAGCUAUCUCCCGUGUAGCUCGCUACGCUGUGUAGUGAUGAGCGUAUCAACACUACUACUGUGUGUUUAACAGCUAGUUGCUUCAAGUGCUCUAUUCCAAACUUUAGCAGUGAUGACGUUGCUGUUUUAUUGAAUGCUAACAUUACAUCUUAAGCUACCCAAACGCUUUUCUGGAAAACAAUCCUUAUCUAGUUAAGGUCAUAAAAAAUGUCAAUUUGUUUUGAGAUUGAAUUGGAAUAUAUUUGCAUAUAUCUCAAUGUGUUCACUAUAAGUAUGUACCAUAAUACAAGAACACAUACUUAAGACUAAAGUUAACUUAUACAGGAUGAGCACUGCUUUGUUUCCAUAGGAUGUUUUCCACACAUUACAGUUCCGAAGUAGAGGUGGUUGGUUGGUAUUGCACAGUGUGAGUCUUAUUCUAAUAGUCCAGUGAUGAUCCUUUUUAUAGGUGAUCUCAUUCAUGAGACUGACAGUUUUACUUUGCCUUUGUACAAACAUUCAGUAAUUAUGUUUAUUUAACUGUUUUCUUUUAUAUAAAUUAACAAUUUGUUGUGUUGUCUCUUCAUUGUGCCUGGUGCUCGUCAGAACAAAUUUGUCUGUGGUGCAAUAUUUAAAAUAAAGUGUUGAAAACGGA